UCUUUUUCGUUCUCUUCAACAAUCAAUCUCACACACACACAAAAAAAAAAGUCAAAUCAAUGCCAUCUUCAAUCAUGUUCACCACAUCAAAAUACUCCGACGGCUUAACAGUAGUCGCAAUAUCCUUUAUCACAGCCUUAAUCUGUGAAUCAAUUUCAUACCUUUUGAUCUACCGUACCAAUUCUUACAAAUCCCUCAAAUCCUCAAUCGAUCGCGCCUCCAAAAAACUCGAAACCAUGAAACAAGAAUCAUCACCCAGUUCAAAUCUCGCAAUACCCACAAAUAAAAAACCAAAAAGCAAGAAAAUUGAUCGAGUUGAAACAUCCUUAAAAGAAUCUAGUAGGGACUUGUCUUUGUUUAAGUUGAAAUCAGGUGGGGUUGUGGCUUUGGUUUUGUUUGUUGUUUUUGGGUUUUUGAAUAGUUUGUUUGAAGGAAAAGUUGUUGCAAAAUUGCCUUUUGUUCCAAUUAAACUUGUGCAGAAAAUGAGUCAUAGAGGUUUAGCUGGUGAUGAUAUGACUGAUUGUUCAAUGGCAUUUUUGUAUUUUUUGUGUUCUAUUAGUAUUAGGACUAAUUUGCAGAAGUUUUUGGGGUUUGCACCCCCUCGUGGCGCUGCGAAUGGGGCGGGUUUGUUUCAGAUUCCUGAUGCUGCCAAGACGAGUUGAUCGAUGGAUUUGAUCACUGAGGUUACUUGUUUUUAUUUAUAGAUUUUACUUUUAUGAUUGUUAACUUGUUUUAAUGUUGUUUAGUAUGAUGGAUUGUAGUAAUGAGGAAUAACUUUUGGAUGAAUGAAUUGUAUUGAUUAUAAUUGUUAUAAUGAUUGCGAUUUGGAUUUGAUGUCGA